AUGAUUUCUGAUGCUCGUCCACCCGAUCCACAAUUCGGAGAUCAAUUGCUCCUUUUGGCAUUACAGGAGCGCUUGAUGACCCAGCAGCGUGCCCCCUCCCCGCCACAAUCUCAAUCUCAACUCCCAGCCGCUCUCGCUUCAUCACUCUCGAAUUCCCUCGCCAACUCGCUUUCGCUCAAUUUUGGCACCAACCUCAACGGACUCACGGCUCAAUUGAACGGUGCUGGAUUGGGUCAAUUGAAUGGAGGAUUGUCGAAUAAUAUGGAUGCAACGACUCGCCUCUAUCAACAAAUGAUAUUAGGAUUAGGAGGAUUGCCUUUCUUAGGGAAUCCUCUCGAUUUGGCUUCGUGUUUGCCUGAAAUUUCAGGCACCUCAUCCUCAUCACAUCCAUUGUGGAAUCAUAAUAUGUGCGGAUGGCCUGGAUGUGAACAACCAUGCGAAAGCAUUAACACCUUUUACAAUCAUUUGGCUCAGGCCCAUCCACUCGAUGAACGAUCAGCGCAUCAACUGCGGCAACAGAUCGAGACUGUUGAUGGAUUGGAACAUCGAUUAAGCAAAGAGCGUACUCGUCUCCAAGCGAUGAUGCAGCAUUUGCAUAUGAAAACAACCACCGAAACCCCCACCACUCCGGCCACAAAAACGGAACCGUUGUCACCGAUGAGGAGUCCGAAACAAGAAAUGUUUCCGAUACAACAAAUGUCACCCAAUCAGACAUCGGUACCGACAACUGUGCAAGAGUUGCUGGCACAAGUACAGCCGAGUGUCUCCUCAGCUUCAGUGUUUCAAUCGACUUUCACGAUGAGCGAUGACAUCAAAGCGUCCACAACCGUACCCUCAACAACAACCACGACAACCUCAUCUUCAUCGAGACGAUCUCGGAUAUCUGAUAAGACAGCCCAAUCAACGCUCCCAAUCGCGACGGAUAUCGCACGUAACCGGGAAUUCUAUCGAACAAACGAUGUCCGUCCUCCAUACACAUACGCGUCUCUCAUCAGACAAGCUAUCAUGGAAAGUCCCGAGUGUCAGCUUACCCUCAACGAGAUUUAUCAAUGGUUCCAAGAGACGUUCGCCUAUUUUCGACGAAAUGCCGCCACGUGGAAGAAUGCUGUCCGACACAAUCUCUCCCUCCACAAAUGUUUCACGAGAGUCGAGCAAAAUGUUAAAGGAGCCGUUUGGACGGUCGAUGAUUCUGAAUUCUAUCGACGAAGACCACAACGAGCUUCAGUGACAAGAUCUCAGCCACAGACUCCAGCUCUUUCAAUAGCCGAUUCACUCCUCACGCAGAGAUUUUUGGAUCAGACAGCACUACAGUUGAGAGGCGCUGAUGGCUCUUUGAUGACUGAUGGAGAUAUUACAAACAAUGUGCUCUCAUUUUUGAACGGUGAAAAUCCAUUAUCGUUACUCUCAGCCGCCGCAGCCGCGCAUUCGAUCGAUGGUGAUGGGACAAGAUCUGAAGGUCGAGCCGAGAUCGAUUUGGAGGAGAAUUUCGGCGAAGGAGUGGGCGGGCGACACUCUGGAUCAGAUGGGACACCUGAGGAGAAUACGCUGAUAAUUGAGGAACAACAU